AUGGGAACAUAUAAAGCUGAAGACGAUUACGACUACCUCUUCAAGGUUGUCUUAACGGGAGAUUCCGGUGUCGGAAAAUCAAAUCUGCUCUCUCGAUUCACCAGAAACGACUUUAGCCACGACUCACGCUCGACCAUCGGCGUCGAGUUUGCCACACGUAGCAUCAAGGUCGACGACAAGAUUGUCAAAGCUCAGAUAUGGGACACUGCCGGCCAAGAAAGGUAUCGAGCGAUCACGAGCGCUUAUUACCGAGGAGCGGUUGGAGCGUUAUUGGUCUACGACGUGACACGGCACGUGACAUUCGAGAAUGUUGCGAGAUGGCUAAAGGAGCUAAGAGACCACACGGAUGCAAACAUUGUGAUCAUGCUCGUAGAGGUUCUCACUCAAAUUUAUAGAGUCGUUAGCAAGAAAGCUCUUGAAGCUGGAGACAAUCCAACCACUGCUUUGCCUAAAGGACAAAUGAUUAAUGUCGGAAGCAGAGAUGAUGUUUCAGCCGUCAAGAAAUCAGGUUGCUGCUCCACAUAG